GGUGGGUUGGGGUUUGCGCGUUAUCUAACUCUGGAAGGAGCGGCCGCAGUGAGUGUGAGGCCUGCAGCCUUGUCCUUUCCCGUGUCCUCUGCCCCACCCGUGUCGCGCGAGGCCACUGACGACUCCGAUCCUCGCGGGUUGGCGCCUGAGCAGCGAGGCCCAGCACUUUCCUGUUUACUACAUUUGAAAGACCCGACCACCUUGGAUGAUUUUGCCAGGCAAUGGCAAUUUGGGCUUGAGCGCCUUCAAGAAGGGCGCCCCAAGCAGUUGUGGAUGCAUCGCUCUCUACUGUAUAAGCCCCACUGCUCAUUCCCGCUACUGCUGCCUCCAGAAUUUCACCCUCCGGGUUCUUCAUGCCACCCUCCCUCCUUAUUUGUGGGCGCUGUAUUUCCUUUGUGGAGCGUUGCUCAACCCUUGCCGGCCGGUGCCCCUUAGUGGCGUCCGCAUGGGUCUCCUUUCCUCACCCAAAAUCACCUCUUCCGAGAGAACUUCUUGGUCCUGAUGUCUGACCAUGGAGAUGUGAGCCUCCCACCCGAAGACCGGGUGAGGGCUCUGUCCCAGUUGGGGAGUACAGUGGAGGUGAAUGAAGACAUUCCACCCCGUCGAUACUUCCGCUCAGGAGUUGAGAUGAUCCGAAUGGCGUCCAUUUACUCUGAGGAAGGCAACAUUGAACAUGCCUUCAUCCUUUAUAACAAGUACAUCACGCUCUUUAUUGAGAAACUACCAAAGCAUCGAGAUUAUAAGUCGACUGUUAUUCCUGAAAAGAAAGAUACAGUAAAGAAAUUAAAGGAGAUUGCAUUUCCCAAAGCAGAAGAACUGAAGGCAGAACUGUUAAAACGAUAUACCAAAGAAUAUACACAAUAUAAUGAAGAAAAGAAGAAGGAAGCGGAGAAAUUUGCCCGGAACAUGGCUAUCCAGCAAGAACUAGAAAAGGAAAGACAGAGGAUAGCACAGCAGAAGCAGCAACAGCUGGAACAGGAACAGUUCCAUGCCUUUGAGGAAAUGAUCCGGAACCAGGAGCUAGAAAAAGAACGACUGAAAAUUGUACAGGAAUUUGGGAAGGUGGACCCUGGCCUAGGUGGCCCACUGGUGCCUGACUUGGAAAAACCCUCUUUAGAUGUGUUCCCCACCUCACCUGUGUCGUCCACACAGCCUUCAGACUGUAACACAACAGCAAGGCCAGCUAAGCCCCCAGUGGUGGACAGGUCCUUGAAACCUGGAGCACUGAGCAACUCUGAAAGUAUUCCUACAAUCGAUGGAUUGCGCCAUGUGGUAGUGCCUGGGAAGCUGUGUCCUCAGUUUCUCCAGUUAGCCAGUGCCAACACUGCUCGAGGAGUAGAAACUUGUGGAAUUCUCUGUGGAAAACUGAUGAGGAAUGAAUUUACCAUUACCCACGUUCUCAUCCCCAAGCAAAGUGCUGGGUCUGACUAUUGCAACACAGAGAACGAAGAAGAACUUUUCCUCAUACAGGAUCAACAGGGUCUCAUCACUCUGGGCUGGAUUCAUACUCAUCCCACACAGACCGCCUUUCUCUCCAGUGUCGACCUACACACUCACUGUUCCUAUCAGAUGAUGCUGCCAGAGUCAAUAGCUAUCGUCUGCUCCCCCAAGUUUCAAGAAACUGGAUUCUUUAAAUUAACUGACCAUGGAUUAGAGGAGAUUUCUUCAUGUCGCCAGAAAGGAUUUCAUCCACACAGCAAGGAUCCACCUCUGUUUUGUGUAUGUAUCCUGUGUAGAAGAAAUUGGAGCUGUACUUCAGGCAAGGAGGACAGUCAGAGCUGAUGAGAGCUGUACCCAUGUGACUGUUGUGGACAGAGCAGUGACUGUCACAGACCUUCGAUGAGAAUUUGACUCACACACCUUCUGAGAACUAUAAAACCAUAUCAAUGUACUGUAGCCCCUUAAUUUAAGCUUCCCAGAAAGCUUUGGAAGCUUUUAAAGCAAGAAUAGGAAGGGAGCAACACCUGGAGAAGAACUGAUUUUCUAUUUCUGGUUUAAAAAGAAAUAAUUGAUUAUAUUUUUUAGGCAAAUCUGGAAAGGAGCACGAUCUUGUAAAGCAACUAACUCAAAAAUUAAGUCAAAAGAAUGGUAUGGGGAGCACCCACAUGCCCUUCUUUCUAGAUUCACCUAAGUGUUAACCUUUUUUUCCUCUAAGCUAUCUUAUAAUUUAUCUGCCAACUUGUUUAUAAUCUACCUUUGAACUAAAUGAGAGUAUCUAUGCAGAAAUUUGGAAGCCAUUUAGAAAACUUUUGGGUUUUCCUUUGGUUUAUGGGAAUGCUAAUGGAGCUUAAUUACAAGGGUGAGGGACAUCUCACUACAUCUCCACAGACAGUGAGGCUCACAAACCCUGAAGAAUGAUUUUGUCUGGAGUUCUGUUAUUUAACAAAUAUUUCGGGAUAUAUUUCCUCUGCAAUAAAAUAAUAAUUAACUUACUUUGUUGUGCUCUAGAG